AUGCCCGAAAAAGCCCAAGAAAAGCCUAGAGUCAAGAUUCGACUACAUUUGAAAAUGUUCUUUAGAAAAUGUUCAACAGAAUCUUCGCUGGAAAAUCUGUGGGAAUAUACUAAAGCGACCCCAAAUCAAAACAUGGUCAAGAUGUGUAGCUAGCUGGAGGAGAACACACCAGGCAAAUCAAAUGACGCCCAGAAAAAGAUGUUGUUUAUACAACAACUGCAGAGAGUAACACACAGCUGUUUAAACUUGCAAGGAUUUUUUACCCAUCAAAAAAUGUUUGUGUGAAUCAAUACAAGUCUACUCCUUUCAUUUUUGAGGUCUUUAUUCAAACAGCAAUUGAUGGAUUAAACAAGUAUUUCAACAAAUCUUACACUCAAACAGCAAAAAAUUAUUAUUCUUGACAGGUUUCUAAUUUUUGUUUUGACAUAAAUUUCUCCCUUUCCCCCUUUUACAGACAAAAAUUACAAUUUAAUUUGCUUUGUAGAUCAAGGGUUCUUGCUUUUUAGAGUUCUUGUCCAUUAUGGCAUCCAGGAUUCGAUAUUGUUGAACUAGGCUAUGGUCCUAGAUUAUUGGGUAACCAGCUAGGCCAGAUAAGAGGUCGGUCCUUCAUCGGGUCGUGUUGUGGGGUGGGUUGUGGGCCGGAAAGUGUCAUACCCCCAGAUGACC